UCCGGUUUGCUGGGAGGCUGCAGCUUCAUCCACCUUCCGGCAAGGCCUCUUCAGCCCCGGGCGCAGACCGAGGUUUUAGAGCUGCGGGGUGGGAGCCGACGUCUCUUCUUCCUUGCUCUUUGGCAGAGGCUUUGUGGCCGUGGGCCGGGCCCCAGGGCGUCCCCCAUGGCGGGGCAGCUGGUGGAGGGCGACGGCGGGAUCAUGGAAGGGGGCGGCCAGAUCCUCAGGGUCUCUACAGCCCUUAGCUGUCUCCUGGGCCUCCCGUUGCGGGUGCAGAAGAUCCGGGCCGGCCGCAGCACGCCAGGCCUGAGGCCUCAACAUUUAUCUGGACUGGAAAUGGUUCGAGAUUUGUGUGAUGGACAACUGGAGGGGGCAGAAAUUGGCUCAACAGAAAUAACCUUUAUACCAGAAAAGAUCAAAGGUGGAAUCCACACAGCAGAUACCAAGACUGCAGGGAGUGUGUGCCUCUUGAUGCAGGUCUCAAUGCCCUGUGUUCUCUUUGCUGCUUCUCCAUCAGAACUUCGUUUGAAAGGUGGAACUAAUGCUGAAAUGGCACCACAAGUUGAUUACACGGUGAUGGUUUUCAAGCCAAUUGUUGAAAAAUUUGGUUUCGAAUUUAAUUGUGACAUUAAAAUGAGGGGCUAUUACCCAAAAGGUGGUGGUGAAGUGAUUAUCCGAAUAUCACCAGUUAAACAAUUGAACCCAAUAAAUUUAACUGACCGUGGCUCUGUGACUAAAGUAUAUGGAAGAGCUUUCGUUGCUGGUGUUUUGCCAUUUAAAGUAGCAAAAGAAAUGGCAGCGGCAGCUGUGAGAUGCAUCAGAAAGGAGAUCAGGGAUCUGUAUGUUAAUAUCCAGCCUGUUCAGGAACCUAAAGACCAAGCAUUUGGCAAUGGAAAUGGAAUAAUCAUUAUUGCUGAGACAUCCACUGGCUGUUUGUUUGCUGGAUCAUCGCUUGGUAAACGAGGUGUAAAUGCAGACAAGGUUGGAAUUGAAGCUGCCGAAAUGCUAUUAGCAAAUCUUAGACAUGGUGGUACUGUGGAUGAGUAUCUGCAAGACCAGCUGAUUAUUUUCAUGGCAUUAGCCAAUGGAGUUUCCAGAAUAAAAACAGGACCAGUUACACUCCAUACGCAAACAGCUAUACAUUUUGCUGAACAACUAGCAAAGGUAAAUAUUCCAUCAUAA